CCCCUGCUCAGUGAGAUACAGCAGACUCAGGUACCCACAAAGCCUCUGUCCCUGCUCAGUGAGAUACAGCAGACUCAGGCUACAGAGACACUGUUGGCCCACUCUACCAUCCUACAAGACAAAGACCAGGAGAUAGACACACUGAGAGAAAAGCUAUGCUCCAGAGAGGCGGAGCUUGAUUCUCUGAGGGAGGAGCUACAGCCAUUCAGGAGCUGUCAAGGAAAACCCAGCUACAGCUCCCUGGAGAGCGAGGUGUGUACGGUGCGAGCGGAGAGAGACAGUCUGACCCAGCAGCUGCUGAACACCAUUCAACACAAGGUGGUGCUGUCGCAGGAGGUUGACGCAUGGCAGGAGGACAUGCGGCUGCUGAUAAGUCAGCAGGUGCAACAGCAGGCAGAGGAGAAAGAGAGAGAAAAGGAACGAGAGAAAGAGAGCAAGAGGAAGGGGCUGCAGAGAAGCCGGUCCAUGAGAGUCAGAGGAGAGAGAGGGAAAGGAGGAUUCUUCUCUUCUCUCUUUAAAGGGGAUGAAUAGAGAGAUGGAGGGACAGAGAAACGGAGGAGAGAGGGAAAGAGAGGACAGGUAUUUGAUGUAAAUAUUGAAAUAUAGAUCACAUGGUUAAACAUUAAGAUAUUUAGUUUAUACUGUAAUGUUUUACACAUUCGAAAGUCUCUCAGCCUAUCACACAAUGUUAUGCAAAUUAGUUCCUGUAUGUGAGGAUACUGGGGGUAGUUUUUGAUGAGGCGUUUGUGCAGCGGGUCAGUGCUGGUGUCUGUGUUCAUCCAAAUAAAUUACAACUUGAUUAUUUUAUGGGAAAUCAGUGUCCUAGACUGUUUACGCUAGUCAACAAACUACAUGCGCCUGUCGGUGGCCUUACAGGAUCAUUACAAUACCAUACCACGCCCAUGUAAUGUUGAGAAUGUUCUACUGUGUAUAUUUAGAAUGUUCUACUGUGUAUAUUUAGAAUGUUCUGUGCAUAUUUAGAAUGUUAUACUGUGUAUAUUUAGAAUGUUCUACUGUGUAUAUUUAGAAUGUUUUACUGUGUAUAUUUAGAAUGUUCUACUGUGUAUAUUUAGAAUGUUCUACUGUGUAUAUUUAGAAUGUUCUACUGUGUAUAUUUAGAAUGUUUUACUGUGUAUAUUUAGAAUGUUCUACUGUGUAUAUUUAGAAUGUUCUACUGUGUAUAUUUAGAAUGUUAUACUGUGUAUAUUUAAAAUGUUCUACUGUGUAUAUUUAGAAUGUUCUACUGUGUAUAUUUAGAAUGUAUAUACAGUGCCUUGCAAAAUUAUUCAGCCCUUUUUGGAUUUAUGACAAUGAAAUACAGUAUAUUCAUGAUACUAUUGUGUUUAUAUACAGUAUAUUCAUGAUACUAUUGUGUGUAUAUACAGUAUAUCCAUGACACUAUUGUGUUUAUAUACAGUAUAUUCAUGAUACUAUUGUGUUUAUAUACAGUAUAUUCAUGAUACUAUUGUGUUUAUAUACAGUAUAUUCAUGAUACUAUUAUGUUUAUAUACAGUAUAUCCAUGAUACUAUUGUGUUUAUAUACAGUAUAUUCAUGAUACUAUUGUGUUUAUAUACAGUAUAUUCAUGAUACUAUUGUGUUUAUAUACAGUAUAUUCAUGAUACUAUUGUGUGUAUAUACAGUAUAUCCAUGAUACUAUUGUGUUUAUAUACAGUAUAUUCAUGAUACUAUUGUGUUUAUAUACAGUAUAUUAAUGAUACUAUUGUGUUUAUAUACAGUAUAUUCAUGAUACUAUUGUGUUUAUAUACAGUAUAUACAUUCAUGAUACUAUUGUGUUUAUAUACAGUAUAUUCAUGAUACUAUUGUGUUUAUAUACAGUAUAUUCAUGAUACUAUUGUGUGUAUAUACAGUAUAUCCAUGAUACUAUUGUGUUUAUAUACAGUAUAUUCAUGAUACUAUUGUGUUUAUAUACAGUAUAUUCAUGAUGCUAUUGUGUUUAUAUACAGUAUAUUCAUGAUACUAUUGUGUUUAUUUACAGCAUAUACAUGAUACUAUUGUGUUUAUAUACAGUAUAUACAUUCAUGAUACUAUUGUAUUUAUAUACAGUAUAUUCAUGAUACUAUUGUGUUUAUAUACAGUAUAUACAUGAUACUAUUGUGUUUAUAUACAGUAUAUUCAUGAUACUAUUGUGUUUAUAUACAGUAUAUACAUUCAUGAUACUAUUGUGUUUAUAUACAGUAUAUUCAUGAUACUAUUGUGUUUAUAUACAGUAUAUACAUGAUACUAUUGUGUUUAUAUACAGUAUAUUCAUGAUACUAUUGUGUUUAUAUACAGUAUAUACAUUCAUGAUACUAUUGUGUUUAUAUACAGUAUAUACAUGAUACUAUUGUGUUUAUAUACAGCAUAUACAUUCAUGAUAUUAUUGUGUCUAUAUACAGUAUAUUCAUGAUACUAUUGUGUUUAUAUACAGUAUAUACAUUCAUGAUACUAUUGUGUUUAUAUACAGUAUAUUCAUGAUACUAUUGUGUUUAUAUACAGUAUAUACAUGAUACUAUUGUGUUUAUAUACAGUAUAUACAUUCAUGAUACUAUUGUGUUUAUAUACAGUAUAUACAUGAUACUAUUGUGUUUAUAUACAGUAUAUACAUGAUACUAUUGUGUUUAUAUACAGUAUAUUCAUUAUACUAUUGUGUUUAUAUACAGUAUAUUCAUGAUACUAUUGUGUGUAUAUACAUGAUACUAUUGUGUUUAUAUACAGUAUAUACAUGAUACUAUUGUGUUUAUAUACAGUAUAUACAUGAUACUAUUGUGUUUAUAUACAGUAUAUACAUGAUACUAUUGUGUUUAUAUACAGUAUAUACAUUCAUGAUACUAUUGUGUUUAUAUACAGUAUAUUCAUUAUACUAUUGUGUUUAUAUACAGUAUAUUCAUGAUACUAUUGUGUGUAUAUACAGUAUAUACAUUCAUGAUACUAUUGUGUUUAUAUACAGUAUAUACAUGAUACUAUUGUGUUUAUAUACAUAUAUACAUGAUACUAUUGUGUUUAUAUACAUAUAUUCAUGAUGCUAUUGUGUGUAUAUACAGUAUAUUCAUGAUACUAUUGUGUUUAUAUACAGUAUAUUCAUGAUACUAUUGUGUUUAUAUACAUAUAUACAUGAUACUAUUGUGUUUAUAUACAUAUAUACACUACCAUUCAAAAGUUUGGAGUCACUUAGAAAUGACCUUGUUUUUAAAAGAAAAAAAAAAUUGUCUAUUAAAAUAACAUCAAAUUGAUCAGAAAUACAGUGUAGACAUUGUUAAUGUUGUAAAUGACUAUUGUAGCUGGAAACGGCUGAUUUUUAAUGGAAUAUCUAUAUAGGCGUAUAGAGGCCAUUAUCAGCAACCAUCACUCCUGUGUACAGCUGAAAACUGUUGUCCUGAAUAAAGAAGAGAUAAAACUGGCCUUUAGACUAGUUGAGUAUCUGGA